AUGGCAAUCGAUCCACCAGCUUUAAAUUUAGCAAUUUCUUCCUCAAUAUAUCUUUUCAAAGCCAUUGUUGGGCUUAUACGUUCUCCAGUUGGUACUUUCAAGGAAGAAGACUCCAUUAGUAACGAGCAGCAAGAAAUAGAGGGUUCUGGCCAGCUUCUCCAACCAAAAGCCCUAGAAGAAGAAGAAACUGCAGCCUUAUCCUACGUAGGAGGUUUUGGGUCAGAGGAAGAGCUUCCAAAAUCCAUGUUUGCAAAAUUUUGGAUUAAAGAAUUAUGGACAAUAGAGGGAGGUGGGGGUUCUAGUGGGACUUCAUGUUUGAUGGGUUUUGGGGAGAACAAUUAUGGACUAUGUCCAAUGAUGAUGAUGAUGCCUCCUUCUCACCCUAAUGUUGAUAACAAUAAUACCCUAUUUCUUCCAAUACCUCUCAACAACAACAAUCACAUUUAUGGCCAAAACACUUGCAACAAUAACAACACAAACUCAGGCCGUUACUUUAUAGAGAACCAUAACAACAACAAUGAUGAUGGCUUUUUAUUUGUCAGGGCUAAGAUCAUGGCUCAUCCUCACUACCACCGCCCCUUGGCUGCCUAUGUCAAUCGUCAAAAGAUAGGAGCACCGCCGGAAGUGGUGGCCAGACUGGAGUCAGCGGCCGCAGUUGGCCGUGCCGGGACGGGGACCGGGUGUAUCGGCGAAGAUCCAGCACUGGAUCAAUUCAUGGAGGCAUAUUGUGAGAUGCUGACAAAGUAUGAACAAGAACUUUCAAAGCCCUUCAAUGAAGCCAUGCUUUUCCUUUCAAGAAUUGAGUGCCAGUUCAAAGCCCUCACACUGGCUUCCUCAGACUAUGGUUGUCACACCUCCCUCCCUCCCUCCCUCCCUCUCCUUCCCUUACAUCUUUCUUUACUAAAGCUUGUUCCCAAAGUGCUUUCUUAA